GCGCACUUAAAGCGGGGCCUGACAUACAGUGUUAAGUGUUUGCUGCUGACGUUUCCUGUCUGCAUUCUUUCAGCUCAUUGCUAUGGACAGUGCUAUCACUCUGUGGCAGUUCCUCCUUCAGCUCCUCCAGGAGCCUCAGAAUAAGCACAUGAUCUGCUGGACCUCUAAUGAUGGGGAGUUCAAGCUUUUGCAGGCAGAAGAGGUGGCCCGUCUCUGGGGGAUUCGCAAAAACAAGCCUAACAUGAAUUACGACAAACUCAGCCGAGCCCUCCGAUACUACUACGUUAAGAAUAUCAUCAAAAAAGUGAACGGUCAGAAGUUUGUGUACAAGUUUGUUUCUUACCCAGAGAUUUUGAACAUGGAUCCUAUGACAGUGGGCAGGAUUGAAGGGGACUGUGAAACUGUAGGCUUCAAUGAAGUUAGCAGCAGUUCCAAAGAUAUGGAGAAUGGUGGGAAAGAAAAACCACCCCUGCCUGGAGCCAAGACCUCCAGCCGCAAUGACUACAUCCACUCUGGCUUAUAUUCUUCGUUUACUCUCAACUCAUUGAACUCCUCCAACACGAAGCUUUUCAAAUCCAUAAAGAUUGAGAAUCCAGCUGAAAAACUGGCAGAGAAAAAAUCUUCUCAGGAGCCAACCCCAUCUGUCAUUAAAUUUGUAACAACGCCUUCCAAAAAGCCACCAGUCGAGCCGGUAGCUGCCACCAUUUCAACUGGCCUCAGUAUUUCUCCAUCGUCCGAAGAAACUAUCCAAGCAUUAGAGACAUUGGUUUCUCCAAAACUGCCUUCCCUGGAAGCCCCAGCCUCUGCAUCCACUGUAACCACCACUUUUUCCACCACCCCUCCUAUUUCAUCUAUAUCCCCAUCUCUGCAGGAUCCUUCUAGAACACCUUCACCACCCCUGAGCUCCAACCCGGACAUUGACACAGACAUUGAUUCUGUGGCUUCGCAGCCAAUGGAACUUCCAGAGAACUUGUCCCUGGAGCCUAAAGACCAGGAUUCAUCUUUGCCAGAAAAGGAUAAAUCAAGUAGUUCUUCGAGAUCUAAGAAACCCAAAGGAUUAGAACUGACACCCACCCUUGUGAUCACAGGCAGUGAUCCGAGCCCACUGGGAAUAUUAAGCCCAUCUCUCCCUACAGCUUCUCUUACACCAGCACUUUUUUCACAGACGCCCAUCAUAUUGACCCCAAGCCCCCUACUCUCCAGUAUCCACUUUUGGAGUACUCUCAGCCCUGUGGCUCCCCUGAGUCCAGCCAGACUGCAAGGUGCUAACACACUUUUCCAGUUUCCUUCUGUGCUCAACAGUCACGGUCCAUUCACUCUGUCUGGACUGGAUGGACCUUCCACCCCUGGUCCGUUUUCCCCAGACCUACAAAAGACAUAACCUAUGCAUCAGUGGAACGAGAGAGCCGAGGAACAAAGCAGCAAAGAGUUCAACCUGAUUACGUUUGAACUGACUUGUAAUUGAGAAGAGAAGCCCCCGCCUGCUGUAGGACUUACAGGAUCUCUCUCACCAGGUUAACACCGGGGAGAAGUAUAACUGUUUGUGUCCUAGUUUGGAUAUGUGCUAAUAACUUGUCAGAUGGUCUUCCCCAGUGCUCUCUGCUGAGGAGACAGGUACUUUCUUGUUUAUUUUCCCCUUUGUUUAUUUUAUUGAAACCUUGUAUCUCCUGAUAUCUGGUAGCCACCUCCUGUAACUAGAUACCUACAUAAUGCCAAGUGCACACCUCCCCAGUUAAAUUACGAAGGAGACUUUCAAAGUGUUAAAGUCACCUGUUUUGCUUUCUUAAAAAAAAAAAAAAGAAGAAGAAACUGCCAAUAUUUGUUAACAUUCACACAGGUGUUGACACAGCUGGAGAGGAACCACCACACCACUCAGCCGAGCAGUCCGACUUACCUGGAGGAAACGUAGGGACGUCGAUUUAGCUGCAGGACAGCUGCAGCCAGAGCCUUGAGUUCUCUCUGUUGAGAGAACUUGAGUUCUUGAGUUCUCUGCGGCAGAGAGACCAACAGUUGAAGUAGGUGGGGCAAAGGAUGUGCUAGCACUUUGAGGGCUUUAUAUGCUGCUUCUCAGAGAAAAAAGUGUAGCCUGUACUCAGUGCAUCUCCAGACAUAGUGGGGCUGUUCUGAAUAACCAAGCAGGUGAUCGUUUUUUCUAUCACGUCCCAACUUU